UAUUGUACCUCAACCAGCCACGCCACAGAGGUUGGGUAUCGGGUAGAAAUGCUAAAUAAUGUUGGGCGUGAUUUCUUACUGGCGGAUCUGAGACACGCAAUCUUGAUCGAUUUCAAGUAACGCCGAGGGUUCAACAUUCCAGAGCUGCAAUCCGGCCGCAUUAGCUCUUCUCUCCCCAAAGGUGGCGCCGGACGGAUCAGGAGCCAGGUGCCACAGCAUGGCUGGCGUCAAACGGAGCUCGGAAUUCCACAACUACCCGUUUUUAAACGGAGAGGAGUUUGCCGAAAUCUGCCACCACCUCGACAGCAAGUAUCGCCAAGCGACCUUGGGCCCCGUGAGGCGGCAGUGGAGACUGAGAGUGUGCGCCGCACUCAGCACAUCCUUCACUCUGGACACAGAGUACAGCACAUACAUCCAGGUCGUCCGCCCUCUGGACGGCGAGCUUGACGAUGGCGACCUUUCUUCCCAGCUCGAUAGGGUGACUCUCGACCCGGGACGGGAUGCCGAGAUGAUGGGGCCUGUGGAAGAGGAUCGCGAGAUGCUCGAGGCUGAGGAGGCUGACAAUUCGGCACUACGAACACAACCACCCAAGCCAACGCUUGGAUACGUCACAUAUGAGAUACACCUCCACCCAACAUACAGGGGCCCAUGCCUGUGGUUCACUCUACAUGGUCUCCCGGCAGACGAACCAGCUUUCAAUAUCGACACUGUUUUCAGGCGGCUAGUGCCAGAUCAAUACAAGGACGGCCUCCUAGCUGCUGGCGCAAUAGGGGGUAUAUCGGCAGAUCAUCACCCAAUUACAGGUGUUCCCACUUUCUUCGUCCACCCCUGCCUCCUUGGUGAGGCCAUGUCGAAUUUCGACUGCUCUAAGGAGGACUAUCUGAUGCUGUGGUUGGGCCUCGUGGGCGGAUGCGUAGGGCUCUGGGUGCCCAAGGAGAUGGCUCUUGACCAUGGUGAACCGAGAUAAACCACGGCCACCACCGUUUCGGUC